ACAUCUCUCCUUAAGCUCCCUACAUUACUUGGCAAUGGCGAUAAGUUUAGUUAGUGUUAUUUUGUUUGUGGGUUUUAGUUUGAGGUUGAGUAAUUUGGGAGGUGUAAAUGGUUUGAGCAUGGGAUAUUACUUGAUGAGCUGCCCCUUUGUGGAUCCGAUUGUGAAGAACACUGUGAACCGAGCUCUUCAGAACGAUCCCACUUUGGCUGCUGCCCUCAUUCGAAUGCACUUCCAUGACUGCUUCGUCGAGGGGUGCGAUGGAUCGGUGUUGAUUGACUCGACACGAGACAACAUGGCAGAAAAGGACUCCCCUGCCAACCUCAGCUUACGAGGUUACGAGCUUAUUGACGGCAUUAAGGAGCAGCUAGAGAGCCAAUGUCCAGGCGUUGUUUCUUGUGCUGACAUUGUGGCUAUGGCUGCUAGAGAUGCUGUCUUUUGGGCGGGAGGUCCAUUCUACGAUAUACCAAAGGGAAGGAAGGACGGAAGCAGGUCAAGAAUCGAAGACACGGCCAAUUUGCCUUCUCCUUUCUUUAAUGCUUCACAGCUCAUUAACACCUUCGCCCAACGUGGCUUUACUGUUCAGCAAAUGGUCGCACUUUCAGGGGCUCAUACAUUGGGAGUGGCAAGAUGCGUUUCAUUCAAAGACAGACUGGACGGCGAGGAUCCGCUGCUGAGUCCCAACUUCGGGAGAACACUGGCAAGAACAUGCAGCAAUGGGGACAAUGCAGUCCAGCCCUUCGACACCACGGCAGCCAGUUUCGACAACGUGUACUACAACGCGCUGUCGAGAGGCGCUGGAGUUCUGUUCUCGGACCAGGCCUUGUUCGCCAGCCCCCGCACGAGAGGCAUCGUCGGUGCCUACGUCAUGAACCAGGCGCUGUUCUUCUUAGACUUCCAACAAGCCAUCAUCAAGAUGGGGUUGCUUGACGUCAAGGAAGGUUAUAGAGGCCAAGUGCGGCGCAACUGCCGUAGGGUUAACUGAUAAAACAAACACAUUAUUGUUGUUGAUUAUAGUAAUUAUGAGUAUAUGGAUAUUAUGGAUUAUGGAUUAUGGAUAAUGUGGGUGUUUUGUGAGCUGAGUAUUUCCUUAUUAGGAUGCUGCUGUUUUAUAAAUGAUAUGUGGAGUUAAUGUUUGUAGUUGUGUGUAGUUUUGAGUAAUUUCAUCAGAUGUUAAACUUGGGUACAGUGAGCAAAUUUAUCCUCCAAAAA